UUUACCACAAGUAAACAUAUAUAAAAUUAUCAUUAAAAUAAAAUUUGGAGUAAAGCCCGAUAAAUAUCUGAUUUUAUUACGUACUCUCUUGUGUGCGUGAUUGAUUCAAAUUUACCGCCAAACUGACUGACGGCGACGCCAACGCCUCUGCAGGUAAAAACUGAUACUAAAUAUGUGUCUUUAAUAAAAUUGUUUACUUGCGAUGCUGCGCUUAUUCUUUUUUAAUGAAGAAGUAAUUAAUCAAGUUAAAUUUAAUAUAAGAAUUUAUUUUAACAUAAAUAAUGGGAACAAAAAUCUUAAAGGAUAUACAAAGUGAUAUAAAACUUUUGAUCACAGCGAUAACUGAUUUCGAGGAAGAUGAAGAAGGAUUUCAAAUCUGUGAACGUUUCGUUGUUUCCAAUAUAAAACAUCAUCAAUAUCUUUCUGUUAAUAGUCAUGCAGUGAAACAAUCUAUUAACAAUAUUACCACCAAAUUAUCCGUAUAUGCAAAAUUUAAAGAGGCUAAAAAAUUUCAAGAACUCAUCGAUUUCUUUUUAAAUAGUUUUGAUUUUGAACAUCAUCCACAAUAUGAUUUACAAUGGUCCUUGUUAGCUUUGAUUUUUGAUUUAUCAUCUGAAAUUGACAAAGUCGAUUUGAAUAAUUUAAAAUCAUAUCAAGGAGAUUUUCAUUCUGUUACCAUUGCUAAUGAAAAAGAUGCCAUCGAAGAGAUUGAUUGGGCUGAUUAUUUAAAAGAAGGAGAAGAAGAUUUCUUUUGUGAUUUUAAGGAUGACGAAAGUAGUGAUGAGUGGUCAGAUGAUACAGAAAAAGUAUCAGAUCUUUCCUGUGUGCCAGUGGAAACAACUUUGACAACUGUAGAUGGUAUAACAUCCGAAGAAUCAAUAAAUGUUAAACAUAAAUCCGAUAUAUUAAUGCAAUCGUUAAUAGAAGAAUUUGAAUCAAGAAAAUGGUUGAUGUCAAACGUUCAAAACACAUGGUGGGAUAAAUCGGUGAUUUAUAAAUAUCCUGUAUGCAGCAAAUAUCCCGAUGCGCAUUUCUGUCAAAUUUGGCAUGAAACAGUUCAUAAGGAUUUCACUGAUAUUGUUCUACUUAAUGAAUACCAAGCGUGUAAAGAAAUACUAUGGAUUUUCCAUGUUCAAACUGAGAUGACAAUAUUUGAGAGAGAAAGUGAAUUUACAUUUCGUAUUAGACCUAAUGUUUCUGUACCAAGUUUAACUACAGUUGCUUUUCAAAAUAUGUUAUCUCCACUUUGUGAAUAUUUAUCUAUGAUACAAGACAUAGAAUUAUUUGACAAAGAAUUGUUGAACGAUGAUACAACUUGUUUGGAAUAUAAAAAACCACCAUUCAUAUACGAAGCAUAUAAUGCUGCGAUUAAAGAAAAACUUUUCAAUUUUAGGUUAGAAAUUAUAAACGUUGAGAAAAAUAUUACAAAACAAGCUAGUAGCCAAACACUUUUGUCAUUAUUGGCCUCAUUAGAAAAGCCUUUAAAAAAAAUUAAAAUAUUACACGAGAUUCACAAAAUAUCUGUAACCGAUUGGAAAUUAUCAUCAAAUUGGAAUUGUGCUUCAAAGUUACUUUCAAAUUUACUUUUACAAAUUACAAACUCACAUUGUCAAGAAAAGACUUAUUUAUGUGUUAAUUUGUAUCUGUCAACUAUUCCUGUAUAUUUGAACAUUAUUGAUACAUGGUUAGGUGAUGGACGUUUAGAAGAUUGGAGAGAUGAAUUUAUAAUAGAAAGAAUUUCAGAUGAAGAAGUUGCAAAAAGUAAAGACCAAUGUAUCAAAUUUUUGGCAAGACCAUUGGAUGAUAUUUGUUUAGAGGAUAAUGUUAUGCAAUUAUUAAUUAACAAAGUACAACAUAUUGGACACAGUAUUGAUUUACUUGUAUCAUUAAAUCGUAUCAUGGAAAUGUGGAAUGAAAAAAUUAUAGUUGAAGAAAAGAGAAUGUCUUUGAAGGAUGAAUUUUAUACCUUGUUAUUGUCUGAAAUAUGCAAAUAUACAACUCAGGUAAAUGAACCAAUUGAUAAUUCGCCAUCAGAAGUGGAUGGGAUUUCACCAAUUUCAGAAUGUGAUGAAGAUUUGGAAAAAAAUAUAAUGCAACAAUUGUCAGCUGUGAAUAAUCCAUUUUUAAUGAAAGCAUUCAAGGAUUAUCUACCAUUAGAUUUAUAUGAACAAGAUGUGGUGGAUAGUAGAAAGUGUGUAUCCACUAAUUAUGAUAACAAGUAUCGUAACAAAUUAUUUAACAGAUUGCAGGAAGUUGCAGAACACACGUUGCCAUUAAAAAAAAUUUUGGAAAAGAUAUUAUCCGAAAUUUUAGAUUUGCGUUAUAGCAGUGCUAGUAAAUUAGUAAAAAAUAUAAUGAUGUUGGAAUACAAAUUGGAAUCACAUUUGAAAUUAAUGAGAUCUGUUUAUAUGAUGGAGGCUGGUCAUAUUAUGAAUAAAUUUUAUCAGAUAUUAUUUCACGAGAUAGAAACUAAUCAAAUGUGGAAUAAUUCAUAUUUUUUAUCAUGUAUAUUAGAAGAAAUACUUUCUCAACAAUGGCCAGAUUCAAGUUCACAUUGGUCAAUUAUAGUACAAGAUGUUAAUAAUACACAUCAAGUGUUACAAGCUGUUGAUAAUAUUACUUUAUGUUAUGCAACAGGAUGGCCAAUAAAUAUUGUAUUAAAUGAUGACAUUUUAACUAAAUACAAUGAGAUAUUUAGAUUUCAAUUAAAAUUAAAAUGGGCUUUGUGGACGUUAAAUAAUUUAAAAUUUAUUGACUUGGAAGGUUUAAAAUCAUUACAUCCUAAAAAUAAUAUUGAACAUUUUCAAAUAAGACGUCUUGAAAGUUUACGUUUUUGGUUAUUACAUGCUAUUGGAUCAAUUCAUGCUUAUUUAUCAGGACAAGUAUUGCAAAGUUUAGGAUUCAUGUUUGAUCAAUCUUUAACUCAAGCUGAUAGUCUCGAUGGAGUUAUAUCUGUACACAGAGAAUAUUUGGAUAAAGUUCAUAAACAUUGUUUGUUAACCGAAGAAUUUGAAGAUUUAAUGACCACCGUAAAUAAUUUAAUAGAAAUGUGUAUCCAUAUUCGAGACCAUUGGGAUUAUAAAAAACUAUUACGUACUGUAACGGAAUUAAGUUUAAUGGAAAGCAGUUAUAUAAAAUACCACACGUAUCUUGCAUUGACUUUACAUAACACGGUUCAAUAUAAAGAUGCAGAUUAUCUAGUGGGAUUAAGUUCAGCCUUUAACUGCAGUAUGCCGAGCAUGUAAAAAUAUUAAUGUGUAUUAUAUAAUUUGUUUAUAUAGGUAUCAUUAAUUCAUUUUUCACACAAGUUAUCAUAUAAUUAAUUACAUCAUUAAUGUUAUUAACAUAUAUAUAU